AUAUUAUUUUAUUUCACAAAUUCUCUUGAAUCAUUCUGUAUUUCUUAUCAUAUUUUCGUUAUUUAAAAUGGCAUUUGCAGAAUGACGUGUCUAAGGUCCCAUGGCACAUGCGCAUAUUGACUGCUGAAUACUAGGAUAUCGGUGUAUUUGUGAUGCAUUUACUUGUGAUCUUGUAAUGUUUGUUUGCAAAAAAAAACUUUCUCGAAUCUUGAAUGGUCGUAAAGUAAUCUCUGUUUCAAUGAAUUUUUAUACACAUUGGCUGCUCUAAAUUCCUUUUAAAAUGUUUAAAAGGCUUCGCGAGCGUAUAGCAGAAGAAGGUAUAAAAUUUCCCGUUGGCCAGCUUUCAAAUAACCCUGGAAAAACUUUUCAGGAUUCUGAAGGCAAAGGGGCUGUUGCAAAUUCCAAUGAGGAUUUAAUUACCUUAAGUGAUAGUUCUGCUGUAGUAGUUCCUCAUUCCAGUUCUCACCAAUUCAGCAUUGGUGAAGAUGAAGAUGGUUCUUUUAGUGAACAAAACACCCCUCAGCGGAAACAAAAUGAUGUAUCAACUAGUGAAAAGAUUGUUUCACCGAGAGAUCAACAACCAGCAACAAUAUCAGAUGUAAAUUUCAUUCAGGAGUAUCGUCCAUCAAAGUUUUCUUAUGUUCCUCAAUCUGAUAUUGAAAGUGAGAAAGAAGAACCACCAACUCUGAACUUGGAUGGAAUAUCCAAAGAUCAACUCUUAUCUGUGAUUCAGACACUAAAAGCCCGUUCUUAUAAAUAUAAAAAUAAAUAUGCAGAGGUUGUGAAAAACUAUAAAGAACUGCGUGAUGAAAAGGUAAAAAUUGAAAACUUAUUAAUUGAAAAUCAAGACAAAGGUUUGAGGAGACUUGCGGAACUUAGAGAACAGUGCCAAUUAGAACAAAAAGCUAAAGCUCAUUUAGAAGCAAAUCUCAGACUUUUAUUAGAAGAGAAGGAUUCAAGAAUAUCGGUGCUUGAAACACAGAUAAAUCUUUUAAAAGAAGGAAACAAGAGUAACGGUAUCAAAAUAAUAGAAGAUUUGCAUGCAUCAAAUUCCGACAUCAGCAGCGGAGAUGCCAAAUCUGAUGAUGGAACUUUACUGUUAGAUGCUUCUACCUUGCAAGAAAAGGUAGAAAGAUUACAGCACCAGCAAAAUCAAGAUAAAAAAACUAUUACUGCUCAAAAGGACCAAAUAUCACUGUUGAGAAAACAAAAUGAAAGCUUGACUCAGGAGUUGGAAGACAAAAUAAGAAAGUUAAAUGACUUAGAGGACGAACAAGUGAAGCUUAAAUCUAAUCAUGAAAGUAUUUUGAAAAGCAUGCAAGUUCGUUUGGAAGAACUAGAAAAGCAGCAAGAAGAAAGUGUUAUGUCUAUGGCGGAAACGAAACGAAACAUGCAUGAAGAGUUGGAAUUGAAAGAGAAGCAGCUAGUCAAAAUUGAAGAGGAGUCUCGACAAUUCCAAGCUUUAGCGGAAAAAGAGAAAGAAUCAGUUACAGAAUUGAAAAGAAUUCAUGAUGAAAAAGUAAACGAAUUGCAACAUCAGUUAAAUUCAUUAGAGAAAGCUCUGGAAGAAGAAAAGCAAAAUGUUAUGCAAGAAUUUAAACGUGGGAACACGGCCACAAUCAAUUUAAUGCAGCAAGAAUGUGCCAAGAAAGUAUCUGCGAUUGAAGAAGAAUGGAAGUUAAAAUAUCAAGAAUUAGAAAAAGGACUUAAAGAUAAAGCUCAGGAUGAAGAAUUCACCAAGACAGAAGAGAAGUUGAAGCAAGCAGAAAAGCAAGUUGAAGAACUGAAUUCAAUGAUUUUGCAGUUGGAAAAAGACAAUGCUUCUUUAAAGAAUUCUGUGGAAAAAUUAGAAUCGGAAAAUUUAGAAGCUCAUCAUGAAGAAAAUCUCAAGGGUGUGAAAGACAAAUUACAAAAUGCCGAGAAAAAUUAUAGAACUCAGAUGGAAGAGAUGAAAAAUAGAAUAUCUCAAUUAGAAAUUGAAAAAUCUGACAUUGAAACUGAAAAGCAGAAACUUGUUAAAGUUGAAGAAGAGUUCACCAAAUGGAAAAAUGGUGAAAAUAAGGUGCAAGAGGAAUUGAAAACAAAAGAAAAAGAACUGAAAGUUAUGCAAAAGAAGCUUGAAAGUGCUAACCAAGAACAAGUAGAGAAAACUCGUACAUUCCAAGAAAGUAUGAAAGACAAAGAAAAUACAAUUGUGAAAUUGAAAACACAGCUUGAAACUGUUGUGAAAGAAAAUGCUGAGAAGUUUGAGGAGUUAAAUAAGAAAAUAAAAUUAUUAGAACAUGAAAGGGAGCAAAUAAUGCUACAAGCACAGGAACGAGUAUCAAGUACAGAAGCCAAGUGUCGUGAAGAUUUGAAAUCUCUGCAAGACAGAAACAACAAAUUACUUGUUGAAGUAAAAGAAGUAGAAAAAUUAAGAACAGAGUUAAAUCUUUUAAACAACCAGCUUGAUGAGAGUCUGCUUGUUGCAGAAGCAAAUCAAGCAGCAGCUGAUAAAAAGAUUUCUGAAUUGAGGGAACAACUUGCAAAGGCAGAAGAAAGAUGUACUGAACUAGUUAAAGCUAAGAGCUGCACUGAAAAUGAAUUGUCAUUGCAGAUACAGAAACUGCAGGAGGAAAAUACUCUAUUGCAGUGCAAAACUGACAGUGUGGAGCGAUUAAAAUCUGAAAAGGAAGAAUUGAAUGAAAAAUUGAAAAAUGCGCAGCAGCAAAUAAAAAUCGUGAACGAGCUUCAAAGUGAAAAGAUCAAAUUGGAGCAGGAAAACAAAGACAUAAUGAUAGAACUUGAAUCUCUGCGACCAUUACGAGAGGAAAAAGAUGUUUUGCAAAAGAGGAUAGAAGCAUUAGUAGGAAAUAAAGAGACACUUAAGAGUGAACUUACAAACAUAAAAACCGAAAAAGAAAAGGUUAUAUCUGAGUUACAAGACUCUUUCAAUAGUGAAAGAAACUCUUUGAAAUUAGCAAAUGCAGAUUUGCUAAAACGGAUCAGUGUUUUAGAGAAUUUUGAUAACUCAGAUCCUCAAAGUACUUCUUUAAAGGAGUAUAUUGCUGUCCUGAGAGGUGAAUGUGAAACUGCAAUAAAAACAAAGGAAGCAGAGAUGGAAAUGAAGUUGAAGCAACUAGUCAGGGAUUUCUGUGCCCAGAUGGAUGUUAAAGACAAAGAUUGUGAUCAGAUGAUAACAGAUAUGAUAGAAAAAAGUCAAGAUCUUGAGGAGAAUCUACAGAAACAACACCAGAUAGAAAUUUCUGCCUUAAGACAAGAUUUAUUUGAAAAAGAUUGUGCCUUAGAUGAAAUGAGAGACCAUUAUGAAGAAAUCUUACUGGAUAAGAACAAGCAGAUAAAAGAACAAGAAUCAACGAUAAAAAAUUUGUCUCACAAGGUAGCUAAUGCAUCAUCAUAUGAUUCAUCACAACACAUUGCAUCAGAGGGUUCUGACUGGGAUGAUACCUGGGCUGUGCCUGAUGAGACUUUUGCUGAAAAUUCUAGUCCAAUUCAUAGUUCCAAAGCUUGUGAAGAACAUUUGCAUCAAAUUGAAUCUUUACAAGAAGAAGUAUCUAAGUGCAACUCUGAAAUUAAAGAACUAAAGAUUCUUUUACGCCUUAGUCCUCCAGAUUCGAUGGUUGAUAACAACAAUCGUCGGGAUUCUUUGCAAUCUAUUCCAGAACCAACAGAAUUCGAGUACUUGAAAAACAUCAUUUAUGAAUAUAUGAUGGGGAAAGAACCAGUGACCUUAGCAAAAGUGAUAGCAGCUGUACUUAGGUUUAGUGAAUCACAGACAGAACAAGUGGUGAGAAGGGAAGAAACCAGGCAUCACACGAGAUAAGCAUUUGUGCAAGAAGUGCCUUCCAGUAGCAACUGAGUUUUAAACGAAUACUCGCUGGCUGAGUUCGAAUAAAGAGUGAUUCAAGACCUCGGAGGACCAACAGCUCUUCCACCUCAUUGUCCUGAAUUGCGGCAUUUUUGUAAAUCAGUGCAUAUACAUACUCAUGACGAAUUUUUUAAAAAAUCUUUGAUUUCCAGAUUAAUAUAUUCAUAAUUUGAAAAUGUUUAUGUAUUAAAAAUCUUUAUACACAUUGUU